GCAAGAUGGCCGCGAGAAAUUUAUCACAGGGAUUUUAUCUGAUCGGAUUAAUUGUUCUGUACACGAUUAUUCAGGCUCUGGGAUUAACGAAAGGUUUUGAAGAGACAAAAAGUCCAUACUACAGCAAUCUUGAGCGAUCACAAGGAGGCGUCCAUCUUGAUUAUCGUGAUAUUCAUCUGCUGCGACUUAAAAGAGCAGCACAGGACCCUGAUGUGGCCCCAACUGGCGGAAAUGUUGGAAAUGUUAACGGAGUAACUAAUGUUACUGCCACAGCAGCUACCACUCGGUCAACGAUCCCAACAGCUGAGGUAAAGACACUUCCCCCGAGCACAAAACUCCCUGCAUCGACUCCACCAACAACUGUCGAACAAACCACGAAUCCACCUACUACAACACCCAGGCCAACGACUACAAAGCCAACUGGGGCACCUCCCACUACAGCGAAGUCUAAGCCAGAGGGGACCACGGAACCAAUUACUGUGGUUGAAAACAAUCACAAGUAUUAUCAGUCAGUCAUCAUAAAAAAUGAGGAGGAAGCACAGAAAUUGUGGAUCGACCCUUACAGUAUGGAAAACAAGGAUAAAGGUCACAAGGUCGUGCAGCAUUCGAUCCUUUCUGAUAGCCACAGGACUGCUGCGACCGUUCCAAUCUCCUUCAACUUCCUCUUCUACGGCCACCUUGUGUCAAAAAUUACAAUUGCAACUGGUGGUUUUCUGUACAUGAGCAAAUUUCUGCACCAAUGGUUGACAGCUACCCAAUAUAUUGCCCCAUUGAUGGCCAACUUCGAUAGCACCCUUGGUACAGCGUCUGAUAUACACUACAUAGACAAUGGCACAUUGUUUCUCGUCCAGUGGCACAACAUUCAUCUGAAGGACGAAGCGGGUAAGGAUGGAAAUGAAACUGGUCCGUUCACAUUCCAGACAGCCAUACGAGAAGAUGGAUUGAUCAUUUUCAAUUACAAACAAGUCCCAAAUGAUAUCGCGUCACUGCCAAGGAACAAUCACCCGGUAAAAGUUGGCCUCUCUGACGCAUAUUAUUAUGAUCGUUAUUCGAAUAUAUCAAAUUUACGUCGGAGGACAAUUUACGAAUAUCACAGAGUCGAGAUUGAUCAAAACAUGAUAAAAAAUAAUACAGCAGUUAAGAUUAUUCCAUACUUAACUUGUAUACAACAGUCAGGAUGCGAGUCCUGUUUUAUGUCAAAUAUUACAAAUUUUAGCUGUCGAUGGUGCCCGAAACUAAAACGCUGCAGUGACGGAAUGGACCGCCACCGCCAGACAUGGCUUAGCAAGGGAUGCUCAUCGUCGGCCGUGAACGACAGCAGUUUUUGUACUAAGCAUCAUACGCUGAAACCGACCGAGAUCAGUGAGAAGACAUCAAAGCGACCAACCAGUCCACCUCACAAGGAACAGACCUCUCAUCAUGAAGGAUGCAAAGAAGAUCUUGCCAACUGCCCAAGCAAGGCGGGUAGGGCCGGCGCAGGGCUGACCGUUGGCAUCAUCAUCGCCAUCUUUUUGAUCGUUUUGCUUGUGGUGGGCGUCGUGGGGUGGUUCUGGUAUGCCUACAAAAACCCCACCACCAGAUCAGGCAUGUGGCUCAUGGAGCACCGUCCAAGUCAGCUGAAGAUGAAGAUGAAGUUCUGGAAGCGUGGAGGCGAGGGUGGUGAAAAGUACCAAGUGUCCGUUGAAAACUCCGGCAAUGAAAGUGUUGCAUAGAAUCGUGAACAAACAAAUUUAUGAUCAAAAAUAUUUCAGGAAUCUCGUGCUGUCAGGAUGAAGGAGAACAAUUUAAAAAAAGAAAUUUAUUGGAAUUUUUGAAAUAUUUAAAGGGGCUAUGAAAUUUUUUUAGGGGGCUAUGGUCAAGCAUACAUAUUUCUGGCGAUCACAGCCGACUUAAUACUGUAGAAAUAGGAAUACAAACCCGCACAGGGAGAUAGAAAUAUACCUAAAUUUGUAACAUAGUAAGGGAAAGAUAAGUGGAGCCAUUGAAGUGUGAAUCUGCCCUGAAAGUGUAUAAAGAAAGAUCUCGAGCUUUUCUGUUCUCCCACAGUUUCUACAGUAUGUGUCACAAGUAAAUACUUGUAUCUUCUCACUGCUGACCUCCUUAUUUGGUUUAUAAUGCUGUCGUGUUGUACGGACCAGCAUUGGAUUACCGAGGAUACGCAAUAUGCUUAAUUAGGCCAAUCAAGAUUUCUCCUUUAUCCGGACAGCUUGGAGAUUUUGACACAACAUUGUGAUAUUUAUUCAAGGAAAUAAAACGUCUGAAAGUGAUUGACUUUGGUGGAAGUUUUCGAUAUUUCUUCGGGUUUAAUUAUCACGAAGAUUGUAUGCUUUAUUCAAAAUAUGAAAUUGCAGUAUAAUGUUCCAGGUUUUCAUAAUUCUGUGAAGUAUUUAAGACAGUUUGAACCUGUGCGAGUUCAUUAAUUCUUUGGCACUGAAUUAUUUCAUGGACUCUGGUUUCUUCCUACAUUUGAACUAAGGUUAAACACUGUCUAAUGGGGCAAUCUUGUUCUUAAGCCUUUCACUGCAAAAUCCAUUUUUCUGCCUGUACCAGCCCUUGUUGAGCAGUGAAUAGCAAUACUAAUCCGGGAAACAGGUUGAUACUAUUCAAAAGUAUCGCUAUCUAUAGUAUUUGGAUCAAACUAAUGUUUCCCGAGUGGCAAGUUUAGAGAGGCUGCAGCCAAACACUGGUGAAUUAAAAUUACAGUAGUUCAUGAUGUGAUAUGCACAUCACCCGCUCAUGAUGGGGCCAUCGAAAGGGUUUAAACGUUGACUAGAAAGAUGAGCAUCAUCUUGGACUCAAUAUUUGGCAAUUUGUUCUGUAUUGUAGGAGGAAACUGGAAACCCCGAAGGAAUCCAACAAUGUCACCUUAACUUUUUUCAAAGUCUGUCAUUUUCAGGCGUCAAAACUAUAUCAAUAUCAUGUAUGAACAUAUCAGAGUGUGUCCAUAAUGCCAUAUUAACAUAGAAAACCUGAGACUUGCUUGUGGGUGGGGGGGGGGGUGGAGGGCUGGGAUAACUUUGGGUGAUCCCUGAUGGUGGAGGUCUAGAUUGAAUUUUGGACAUUUUGUGCACAGUUUGCAUUGGCUGCCGCAUGAGUUCUUUCAGCUUCAGAAAUAUCUUUCCUGAAUCGAUUUUCAUUACCUCCGGAAAGCGACAAGAUUAUAAUCUCGUUAAUUUGGAAAGCAAAUAGAUGAUAAUCUCUCGAAGUUGGAACUAUAAGUUCAUAUUUUUUGUUGCCUCUUCCUUUAUUUUGGGGUUGGAUUAAUAUAUAUAAUUCUACUUGGCAUAAUUGAAUAUGGUAUUAAAUUUGGAAAUACCCCUACUACAAACAAGUCUGAGGUUUUGCAAUUAACUGUACAGGUUGGACAGACAGGGGCUGCAAAUAGCCUAUCAUUGUGAAAUAGCACAUUACUUCUAAUUGGGGAAGUCAGCUGGUGAAGUUGGAAAGCAGAUUGAUUACAAUCUCCUAAGAUUAGAAAGCAAAUGUAUUAUAAUCUCGUGAAGUUGGAUUGGGGAGUGAAUGGAUUAUAAUCUCAUGAAGUUGGAAAGUAAAUAGGAUUAUAAUCUCAUGAAGUUGGAAAGCAAAUGGGAUUAUAAUUUCAUAAAGUUGGAAAGCAAAUGGGAUUAUAAGGUCAUGAAGUUGGAAAGCAAAUGGAUUAUAAUAUCAUGAAGUUGGAAAGCAAAUGGAUUAUAAUAUCAUGAAGUUGGAAAGCAAAUGGGAUUGUAAUCUCAUGAAGUUGGAAAGCAAAUGGGAUUUCAAUCUCAUGAAGUUGGAAAGCAAAUGGGAUUAUAAUUUCACAGAAUACAAAUGACAUAGUUUCCAGGGCGUCGGAAGAACCGGUAAACUUCUGAAAAUAUGCUAGCGUGGAAGGAUAAAGGAAAAGGGCAGAAAAUGAUGAAUUCACAGCUUCAUCGACUGACUUUCUCAGGUGGAAAACACUUGUAAUUCAUGAAAUUAAAUGACAAAUAUUAUUAUCAUAAAUUAUUGUAAAUAAACUUUGGAAAUAGUGUAUCAUGUUGUUUGCCAUUGCAAUAUUUAUAAUUGUGGCACAUAAAAUUUGACGGUUCAUCUAAUUCUUCUCUCAUCAUCUUUAUAAAUACUUUGUUCACCAGGCCUCUGUGGUCUCCAGCAUGGAAGUCAUUAAGUGAUGUACUGUGUCCCUCUUAUCUCAACUAAUCAAGGGUAGUACUGUACUCAUACGGCAGAUGGCAACAGUUGAUAAAGGACACAGAAUUUGUCCAAACUAUCCUGAUCAUCAACACUUUCCAGGUAGCACUUGGGCUUGGAUUUCCAUUAAAUAUUUUCAUUUGGUACCCCAGAAGGCAUCUUGACCACCAAAGUUUUUACCUCUUAUCAAAGAUGUGAAUUACCGCGCAACAUUUUAAGGUUCAGGGUGCCCAGAAGGUUGAGUUGGUAUAAUUUGCAGUAUUUUUUCAUUUACCUUGCAUUGCUAAACAUUAAUCUAGGCUAUCCUAACUGUGGGAUGACUCUCAUGUCAGAGUACUGCACCGUUUAGGAUAUCCUAACUGUGGGAUGACUCUCAUGUCAAGGUACUGCAUCGUUUAGGAUAUCCUAACUGUGGGAUGACUCUCAUGUCAGAGUACUGCACCAUUUAGGAUAUCCUAACUGUGGGAUGACUCUCAUGUCAGAGUACUGCACCGUUUAGGAUAUCCUAACUGUGGGAUGAUUCUCAUGUCAGAGUACUGCACUGAGUUAGGAUAUCCUAACUGUGGGAUGACUCUAAUGUCAGAGUACUGCACCAUUUAGGAUAUCCUAACUGUGGGAUAACUCUCAUGUCAAGAGUACUGCACUGAGUUAGGAUAUCCUAACUGUGGGAUGACUGACUCUCAUGUCAGAGUACUGCACUGAGUUAGGAUAUCCUAACCGUGGGAUAACUCUCAUGUCAGAGUACUACACUAUUUCUCGGCUCAGAGUUGGCCCUAGAUAACAGAUAUCUGACUGUAAAUUUGUACACAACUUUCCCAACUUUGACUGGAGAUUGAGGCAGUCACGUAUAUCAUAUCAUUGUUGCAUUUUUCAAAGUUUAGUUGUCAUUUAUGUUCAUUAACAUAUCAUGUAGUUUUAGUAGAGUCGGUUUCACGAUAAGUUGACAGUGCAUGAUGUAAAAAGGCUUGAAAUGAAUAUUCGGGCAUGGUCGAGAGAAGCAAUGUAGACAUUAAGUGUCUUGCUCGAGGAGUUAAAGUUGUGGACGAGUCACUAGUCCACAUUUAUACCAGCAACAGUUUAAUGCUGCCUUUGAUACACUGCUGUGUCAGCAAAAUGAGUUGUUGUAUGCCGCUAUUUAAAGACCAUGUAACAUUGUGCCAGCAACUUAUCGUGACCCUUAAUUACUUUGUUAGUGACUAAUUAUGAUCAAAUGUGAAUCACAUGAUUAUCAAUAUUAUUAGUUUAACUUAGUGUAUUUGUAAAGCCCAGCCUGAUGACUGACCCUGGUAUGCCAGGAUGCAGAUGAGAGCUUACUGGUUAUUGCGUCUUGAUUGGAUGACCCUGGUAUGCCAGGCUGCAGAUGAGAGCUUGCAGGUUCUUCAAUCUUGAUUGGAUGACCCUGGUAUGCCAGGAUGCAGAUGAGAGCUUGCAGGUUCUUCAAUCUUUAUUGGAUGACCCUGGUAUGCCAGGAUGCAGAUGAGAGCUUGCAGGUUCUUCAAUCUUGAUUGGAUGACCAUGGUAUGCCAGGCUGCAGAUGAGAGCUUGCAGGUUCUUCAAUCUUGAUUGGAUGACCAUGGUAUGCCAGGCUGCAGAUGAGAGCUUGCAGGUUCUUCAAUCUUGAUCGAAUGAUGCCAGGAUGCAGAUGAGAGCUUGCAGGUUCUUGCACCUUGAUCGAAUGAUGCCAGGAUGCAGAUAAGAGCUUACUGAGCUUACAGUGAAGUAUUGCUUUCUAUUCUAAAUUACCUCAAACGUAAUGUUUGGCUAAUCAAUAUAUUUCAUUUUACUCGAGUACCGCAUUGUAACGAAGGUGUUUAUGAAUAUAUUAUUAAAGCUUUAUUGAGCGAAUAUUUUGUGGUUUACAGGAUAAGUUUUUGCAUGCACAGCUGAUUUACCAGAAGUCAACAGAAUCUAAUGGUCCUUUAUUGACAUGUUAUCGUUCCUUAUUUUGUUUGUUUGUGAUAAUUAUUUCAACAUUCCGUUUUUCGUUCGUCAGGAUUAUGUGAAAUUACAUGAUUUUAAAGGCCUACGCCAUUUAUUCAGAAUUUAAACUUGUAUUUCAGAUUUUUUUCAUGAAUAUACACAUGGAAUAUAAAUAUUUCAACAUUGCUGUUGUACACCAAUAUAGAUAUGCUCUACAUACUGUGUCGACGUAAUUAAGCCAAUUGACAAGUGUCUGUUACACAUCGGCCAAUUAAAGGUAGAAUAGUCCUUUUUUACAGGCCCUUAUCAUUACUUUAUUACGUUGACACAGUGUGUCAAUUAUCAACACGUUUACAUGUCUGGUUAACCCUUUAGCUGCCACUGUCACCAAAUUGCGACAAGCGCCUAUGCUUUAUUCACCAUUGAGUUUCAUUGAAAAGGUCGUCUGCUACGUAGUUUUCCCGCCUACUGAUAGAUGGCGUACAGGUGAUCGUUUCUAUGGCGGUUUCGAGGAAUCAAACUCUUCUCUGUUUGUUCGGCAGCAGCAGUGUUUAUUUGUUCACUUGUAGCGUAAAUAAAAACAGUGUAAAUGAAUGGCAAAGGUCUUUAAUAAGUGUAUUUUAUUGGUAUUUUUAAAUCUAUGACCAAAUCAAAAGGCCAGAAAAACCUCACCAUGUAUAAAAAGAGUGAUUAUUUCUUAAAUAUUUCUGUAAAUGGCUUAAUUAUUAAGUGAAUGCUGUCCAAGUUUAGGCCUCUCAAUGCCUUAUAUUUGUCCUUCCAUUCAGGACACACCCUUCUUGAUUUUGGCCUAUGAUUUCAUUGCUUUUGAACUGAAUAUUGCGGUCCUCCCACAGCAGAAAUCGAUAUUUUUGGCGCAUAAUCGUGAGGCUAACAUGACUUUUUGAGCCAGUGUUUAUGAGCAGACUUGACAAUUUUCACCUCCAGAAAAGGUUCAGGUGGUUCAAAAAUGAUAAUUUGGGUGCCGCCCAUUUUAGGCGUACACACAUAGUGUGGAUUUGGUGCAAGUGUGAGGCCUGAACUUGCCCAUGUGAUGUAACUACUGUUAACAAGCGUGUCACUUGCAUACCCUGCUAUACAGACAAGAAGUAUACAGUCCAGUGGUUAUGUCCUUUUUAUCUAGGGUGAAAAAGUGUUCGUUUUAAUGUCGCCGGUGUAUAGCUGAUACGAAAUCAUGCACAGUGGUAUCAAAAUACCCUUCAUAACAAAGAAUCUGUCUAUAGACUCUUCUCCUUUGGUGUGCUGGUAUGCAGUGGUACCAUCUUUAUGGACACAUCACAGGUAUACUAGGUGUUCUCAGAUGAACAUGUCACAUUUCUUUUCUGUUAUUAGCAGCUAAAAAUUGCCUACAUAUCUCAGUUACUGAUGUAAUUAUUGUUAAUGCUGAAUAAUUUGUAUAUUUCUGCAACAUUCUGAUAAAGAUGUAAAUUCGACAAUAUUCUGUAUAGCGUACCGGUAUCUUUACACUUGGCAUCAGAUGUAUACGCUACCAAUCAGAGUCUGGUCGCUCGAUUAGCAUCAAUUAAGCAUUAGCGGUAACGUUGGACAAGUCCUAACGCAACUGCUUUCGGUGAAAAUUACUAAAGGAGACUAAUGCUCAGUUGAGCUAAAGCUGGUAUCGGUCUCCAAUGCUAAUCGAGCAACUGGGCCAGACAAAUGAUAUAUAGCAGAAAUUUAAGAAUAAACAUUGGAUGUGAAAAUGAUGUUUGGCAGUAUCUAACUCCACAGUAAUAUUCAGUUUUAAGUGUUCAUUGUCGGAUUGGUCAUCUUAAGAAUCCGAGGCAGGCAUCCAUUAAGCAGCUGUUUCUUUUAGAAGUCUGGUGUUCUAUUGUCACGCUGGUGAAUUAGUUGCCCAACUUGAUGAGAAUCAGUCAGAGAGUCCAACUUAUCGAGUUGUAUUUUUUGAUUGCCACUGAGCUCUGCCUUUGGCUGCUUCAGUUUUCAUGCGCACGUUUUCCGGGACCUUUCCCAGGGCGGGCAACUCAGUAAGUAGCAAAGCCAGGCUUGAAUAAGACAUGAUUCUCGUAAAGUUGAGGAAUCGAUUCUCUCGGGUGAUGAUGCUGGUUUGAGAUCUACUUUUUAGCUCACCUCUUAGCAGAGGUGAGCUUAUCCCAUACCGUGGCGUCCGUCGUCCGUCGUCGUCGUCGUCGUCGUCGUCGUCGUCGUCGUCGUCGUCGUCGUCGUCGUCGUCGUCCGUCGUCCGUUAGCAGGGCACGUUUCGUAACUGUUAGAGCUAUUGAGUUGAAACUUGGUACACAUGUACCCUUAUGUAAUGACACCUUGGAGACUAAGUUUCGGUCCGAUUCGUUUCAUGGUUUGGCCACCAGGGGGCCAAACGUUAAAAGUGAAAAUGUGCAAUAUCUCCCUUAAUAGUAGUCGGGAAAUGUUGAAAAAAAUAUGGUAGGUACUUCUAGCAAAGGUGCAUCAUAUAUCCUCCGGGUUUUUGAUUUGACCUCCUUUUCAAGGUCACAGAGGUCAAAUGGUGUAAAUUGGCCGUUAGGAUGUAACGAUGGCACGUUUCUAAACUGCAAUGACUAUUGAUACCAAAUUUGGUACACAUUUACCCCUUAGUCAGGUGAUCUUAGGGACCAAAGUUUGGUCCAAUAUGAUUCACCACUUGACCACCAGGGGGCAAAAUCCAAAAACCUUAAAAAUGUGAUUAUUCCUUAACUUCUUGCCCGAUUGCCACCAAUUUGAUAUCAUGGGUACAUCUAACCACCAUACAGUAUAUGUCACACAGGUUUUCAAUUUGACCUUCUUGUCAAGGUCACAGAGGUCAAAUGACGUAAAUUCGCCGUCAGGCCGUAACUAUGGCACGUUUCUUAACUGCAAUGACUAUUGAUCACAAAUUAAGUACACAUGUACCCCUUGGUCAGGUGAUCUCAGGUACCGUAGUUUGGUCCGAUCUGAUUUGCCGUUUGGCCUCCAGGGAGGGGGCCAAAUCCUAAAUUCAUCAAAAUGCCAUUAUUCCUAGUAAUGACUUGCCCGAUUGGCACCAAUUUUAUAUCAUAGGUACAUCUAAUUCUAACAACCAUUCAAUGUGUCACCCGGGUCUUCUUUGAUUUGACCUACUUUUCAAGGUCACAGAGGUCGAAUGUACUGUAAAUUGGCCAUUUUGGGGAAAUUGUAAUUGCUUGGACCUACAUCAAACCUAACACUACAUGACACAAUACCAUGCUCUUUAUCCAUCUUUCCUCCACAUGAGGUGAGCACAAUGGCCCUGGCCAUUUCAUUUAUAUAUCUAUUGAGGUUUAUUUAUGUCUUAUGCUAAAUACUGUUACUUUUGUUAAUGUUGAAGGGACUAUCUGAUCUAAAACAGAUGAGGUGACUGUUAGUGAAAUGGACCUUUGAAAUGGUCCUCCUAAGUAUAUUUGAAACUGGACUAUAGGCCAAACGGUACAACGCAUGGAAGUCAAAAUUGAUGUCGUUUUAAUCUUUCUUGCAAAUCUUUGUUAAGUCUAUCUUAAUAUCUUAGUAUUUGUGAAUCAAUGUUCUUAUAACUUCUUAUUCGUUGGUCUUACUUAGAAAUAUUUUGAGAGCGGUUUAGUACAAUUUUGAGAGUGGCUCAGUACAAUCUUGAGAGCGUUUCAGUACAAUUUGAGAGCAGUUAGUUAAAUACAAUUUUGAGAGCCGUUCAAUUUUGAGCAUUGUGGUAUAGUGAAAAUUCUUGGUUUUAAAAACUUGCUACCAUUGAUGAUCAAACUGCUUUUCAAAUUAUUAAAGUUCUCAAAGAAUUUGAUGGAGAAAAACGAAUUGAUAUGUUAAAGGAGCAGUUACGUUAGAUAGUGCUGGGUCAGGUGCAUAAUCAGAGUAGGAUUGACAGAUGUUGAUCCACAACUUUACAUCAGCAGUUGGUAGAAUGUUUUUACUCAUUUUCAGAUGCCUACCAGAGCAUCUCCAAUACAGGAAUGCUGUGAAUAAGUGCGGGCCCAGCAUCAUGUGAAACAACUACGGUACUCCUUUUAUGCUUGUUGGUUUAAUCUUUUGCUUUCUUAGGGUCAUGACUGAUAUUUUUAAGUAGAAUGGACUGAGGGCCCUAACAAAUGAUAAGAUUUUACUCCAGAUAUUAAUUUGGUAUUAAACAGUUAUUUUAGAUCAGUUAACCCGGACUGUGCCCUCUUAAGUACCGUUUGAUUGCAUGCAAUUUACUAGACUCGAGGAGAUUUCAACGUUUCAUAUGGAGAUUUCAUCAAUGGUAGCUUGUUUUCUGGGUCACACUGUAUAAUGAGUUUGCCUGUCGCCACGGUAACAGAGUGUCAUCUUAUGUCGCUAUUAGUUUAAGUCCAUGCAUCCAGUGCAGUUUCGACAAGUGACACUAUUUUGUAAGCUUUACAAAAAUAAAUUUUGAUAUGAAAUCA